AUGAAUGUGCCCCUCAUCUGCGACUACGGCUCGGGCUUCAGCAAGGUGGGCUUCGCGGGGACAGAGGCGCCCCUGGCCGUGUUUCCCACCAUCCUCGGGAAACUGCGCCACGAGGUCUGGCACUACUCCUUCUACCAGGUGCUCCACGUCGCCCCAGAGCAGCACCCUCUGCUGAUGACAGAGCCGCCCUUGAACUCCAUGUCCAGUAAAGAGAGGCUGUCACAGAUCCUGUUUGAGACCUUCGGUGUGCCUGCCUUAUAUUUAGCCAACCAAGGAGUCCUUUCUCUCUAUGCUUCCGGCCACACUGCUGGGAUGACGAUUGAGUCUGGAGAAGGAAUGACAUACUUCGUGCCCAUCGUUGACGGCUGUCCUUUGCAUCAGUCAACCUUCCACACGGACAUUGCGGGCCAAGACCUAACCUUGUACCUCCUACGUCUGCUGUCAGAAAGUGGGCACUCGCUGGUGAGCACAGCUGAUCGGGAGUGUGUGCGGGACCUGAAAGAGAAAAAUUGUUUUGUGGCUUUGGACUUUGAAAAAGAGAAGGCAGAAGCCAACUCACCCUCCUACCCACAAAAGUGUCAGCUGCCUGACGGCCAGGAGAUAGACCUUGGGAGGGAGAGGUUUUUCUGCCCUGAAGCGCUUUUCCAGCCAGACCUCAUAGAGCGGAACGACCUGGGCAUCCACAUAAAGGCAUUCGAAUGCAUCGGCUCCUGCAACCCUGCCCUUUGGAAGAUCCUUUUUGGCCACAUCAUCCUGUCGGGAGGUACGGGCACCUGUUCUGGCCUGAGGUCCCGGCUGCAGAAAGAAGCAUCCGCCCUGGUCUCCCCGAAGAUUAAUGUGAAGAAUUCAGGAGGGAUAGAGCUCAGAGGUGGGAGGAGGCUGGGCUCCAGCUCCACACUGGAGACGUCAUCAGAGGCGGGCCGCCUAGAGACCAGGGGUGGGGGUGCAGACGGUACUGAGCCGAGCACCACAUGCAGCCCCUCGGCCCAUCGGGAGAGGCUGGAGGAACAGGGGCGUCCCGGGAACUGGAGCUCCAGAGUGCAGGCAAGAAAGGAGGAGAGAGGGCAGCCCUGCUAG